AAAAAAAGAGAAAGAAAGAAAACUCUGAAGCCGACAUCCUGAACUCGAGCUCUUGCGGCAGGGUACCCGAACGCGCGGCCGCCUCCACCAGACGCGCCCUCCGCACCAAAUCCGCACCUUGCUCGGCUGCGCCGGCGAUCUCCCGUCGCCAGAGGCGAAGUUCCGUGUCCCGUUCGCGCGGAUCCCCUGCCCGCCGCCAUGACGGAGUACUGGGUGAGCCAGGGAAACAAAUGGUGUGACUUCUGCAAGAUUUUUAUAGCCAAUAAUCCCUUCAGCAUCAGAACGCAUGAACUUGGUAAGCGCCACAAGGACAAUGUCACCAAAAGAUUGUCAACGAUGCAAAAGGAGAGUGAUGCAAAGGACAAGGAACAGCAGCAAGCUGCCCGAGCCCUUCAGCAGAUAGAAGCAAAAGCUAAAAAGAGCUAUCAAAAGGAUUUGGAGAAUAGCCAGAGGAAUGUGGAUGGAGACACUUCUGCAGCACCUGGAGAUGGAUGGGUAUUCGACUCAACAUCAGGAUAUUGUUAUGACAAAUCUACUGGACUUUACUAUGACUCAAACUCCGGCUUCUAUUAUUCUGAUGGCUUAGGGAAAUGGGUUACUCAAGAAGAGGCGUACAAAUCUGUGCAAACUUCCAAAAUAGACGUUGGUCAAUCCUCAACUUCACAAACAAAAGCUCCUCCUGCUGCGGAAACGGCUGUCCCGGCUAUUAAAGGAGGUCCAGCUCCAGGCCGGGUUGUCACAAAGCCACUGAACCCGAUGAGACCUAUCAAGGGCACUCCUGCUCCAUCUGCCGUUGCUGUUAACAAGAGGAAGAGGGAGGACAAAAAGCCUAAGGUGAUCUCCAAGGAGGAGGAAGCGGCUCUCAAAGCCCGGGAAGCAGCCAGAAAGAGAGUAGAAGAUAGAGAGAAGCCACUGAUGGGAUUAUACAGAACUUACUGAGGUGUCUGUCGUCCUUCCCAGACUACUCUUCCCUUGGGGGACAAACGAUUGCACUACCUGAUGUUGUAAGAAAUAUUGACAAAUGGUGCCCUGAGAAAUAGCGGGGGCAGGGUUUCAGAGAAGCAACUCAGUUUGCAAUUUGCAUCAACCUUGUGUGCCUGACUUCCUGUACGAUGCAUAAGCGGUUCUUGAGUGAGGCAAGUCCCCGUCUGCGGAUGUAAAAGAAUAAUAUGCUCACUCUAUUAUUUUUCGUGAAUGGAGCGUGGGGCAUAUGCUCCGAACGAGACA